UCAAGUUCGCGUGUUCAACUUGUAUCCGGUAAUCAAUUUUAAUGUGUUUACAUAAGUGAAAAAAAUGAUGGAUGGUUUCAUAACCAUUACAUUUCACAUAAACAGGUAUUUAUCGUUAUCUUGUUGCCUUAGGCAAUGAUUAUAUUAUUUGUUAAUGAUUAACGCUUUGAGUGGCAUUUCUUUUUAUCUUAUUCAUUUCUCAUCAUUUUUCUAUGAUAACAUUUUAUUUAUAUUUCUUUUACUAGGAUCGCAGACAUUCGGGAGUAAUGGACUGUACGUUGAAUUUGUCAAAUUUGUACGAACUGUUGCAUAACACUUUGUUAAUCACAGAAGAAGUGAAGGAAAUAUUAAGAAAAGAUUGUGACGAAGCAGCAUUCGUUUUAAAACCGUGGCAGAUGAAAACCGUCGUUGAAAAACGAAUCAACGAAAACAUUUGUACUUGUAAAAAAAAUGAAAACGAAGCUGAGGAGAUCGCCGCUGGGAUAAGCAGAACGAUCGUUCUUGCGCAAGAAUUGCGGGAAAAAUUGAAGCUUAACGUAACAUCGAAAAAAAAACCUUUAAGAAAAAAUACAGUUGAAAAUAUUUACCUAUCCAAUUCUGCGUCGACUAGCGAUCGCAAGAAAAUCUCGAAAAGCAAUAUUACAACGCAAAAAACAAAUACCGCUAAAAGCCCCCAUUGUAAAAGAUCAAGUGCACUUCAAAACGAUAAAGUAACUUCUGUCGUGACGAAAAAAUCUAUCGCCGGUACAAAGCAAAGUAACGUAAUUGAAACGGCGUCAUCAAAGGCGUCAUCUGCAAAAGUUGGAUCAGGAAAGUUACAGAAAGGGAAGAAUUUUAUACUGGAAAAUAAAUUAAACAUUAAGAAGAUAAGUUCAGCAAAUAAACUACAAAUUGGCGAUGAUUCUGAUGAUAUUCCGCAAAAUUCAAGAAAGUCUCUAACGCCUGAAACAUCAGCUGCUGAAUUAAGAGAUUUGAUACAUAAAAUGACACGACAAUCUACCGAGAGGGCGUCAAUUUCUUCUCCCGGGAAUAUUAAGAAUAAUUGUCCAUUGCAUGGAAAUGAAGGACAUCAGUCUAUUCAAGAACAAAUUAUAGCGAUAGAUGUAGUGGAAGCAUUCCGAUACUUUAAUGUGCCGCAUGAAAUUGUUAAAGUAUUGAGAACUUAUUAUGCGUUUUUAAAAACUGAAGAUAGCUCGAAUGAUAUUAAUGAGGAUAGAUUUCAGAAAUCAGUUAACACUUUUCUAAAAGAAUUCGAAGCGAUGAAUAUAACCAUGCAAGAUCAUUUGUUAGAAGAGCCUCACUUGUUUAAUAAGGCAGCAAAAUCAAUAACUGUAUUUAGUAGCAUUCUUACUGAAGAUUUAGAUUCGAGCCAGUCCAAUGACAUGAAAAUUGCUUCCACUGAAGCAGUAGGAGUCUCUUUUAAGCAAUAUGAUAUUAAGAACAUUGUAAAACCGAUUACAAAAGACCCAUAUAAUCUUUCUUUGACAAGAGGAUGGAUGUCGAACGGUAUUUGGAAUAUUUCCUGUAUGGAGCACUUUAAAAAUUUUUCUAAAGCCCACAAUAUAAGAUACUGUAACAAGAAGCAAUUAUUAUCGCUGUACAAAGCAAUACAAAAGUUACAGCGCACUACGUAUCUGAAUACAUUAAUCGAAAUUGUUUUACGCGACGUGAUACCCACCGUUAAAUUUAAUAUCAAGCCUGCAAGCGCAGAGUACGCACAAGCAUAUAAAACGUUGUUCAUUCUCUACCAAGGUUUAAAUCCCGAAGUACCGGUUUUAGUAAAGACCGAUAAUUAAGUCUUACAACAUGAUAUAUUCUCUGUUACUAUAGUAACCACACUGUGUGUGUACUGCCUAAUUGACUAUCCACUUUUCGUGAAAUCAUAGACUGGAACUAUACACAAAUGUAUUUUUUGUUAUGACUUUUAUGACAUUAUUAUGUUAAUAACAAUCGAAACGUU